CGCUUGGGCCGACCUGGGUUCGGUCCCAUCACUCCCUGCGCGAACCAAGACGGAAGCAUAAAAUGCAAACGAGGAACCGUCUUUCUCUGCUGUAGUUUAGUAAAUGUUGGCAUUCAGAAAGAUAUGGGGGCGAUUGGCUGCUGAGGAGUUCUGUAAUUAUUUUAGUGUUCAGACUGCAAGCAAUACACGAAAGCGAUGCAGUAGCGUCAAAGGGACAGUUGCACUAAAAGAAGACAUGCGGGUGGCAGUGAUUGGAGCCGGGGUCAUUGGCCUCUCUAGCGCACUGUGUAUCCAUGACCGCUACCGAUCCAGCGUGACUCCGCUCAUUAUUGAGGUCUACGCUGACCAGUACACCCCGCUGACCAUCAGUGACGGAGCGGCAGGGCUAUGGCAGCCCUACCUGUAUGACAAGGGCAACGUCCAGGAAACUAAAUGGAACAAAGAGACGUUUGACUACCUCCUGACCUACAUCAAUGCCCCCGAUUCAAUCAAAAUGGGAAUAUUCACCCAGUCCGGCUACAACCUCUUCACUGAACCCACACCGGACCCCUCAUGGAGAGACUCUGUCCUCGGUUUCAGACACCUGACCCCACAGGAGCUGGACAUGUUCCCAGGUUACAGUUAUGGCUGGUUCAACACUGCACUCAUGAUUGAAGGCAAGAGCUAUUUACCUUGGCUCAUGGACAGGCUGAGGGAGCGAGGAGUGAUAUUUUAUCACAGGAAGAUUGAGUCUUUCAGAGAGCUGGUGGACUCCGGUGUGGAUGUCAUUGUGAACUGUACCGGGAUAAGAGCCGGGGAGCUACAGCCUGACCAGGAUCUGAAGCCAGGCCGAGGACAGAUCCUGAAGGUAGAGGCUCCUUGGCUAAAGCAUUUUAUAAUAACUCAUGAUCUCAAGACUGGAGUGUAUACGACCCCAUACAUCAUACCAGGGAGUAAUUUAGUUACCAUUGGAGGCAUCUUUCAACUGGGGAACUGGAGUCAAGAAUGUAACUCACAGGACCAUCAGAAAGUGUGGGAGUCCUGCAGCAAGCUGAUCCCCAGUCUCAAGCAUGCCAGGAUUGUGGAUGACUGGGCUGGCUUGAGGCCGGUGCGCAGCAAAGUGCGUCUGGAGAGAGAGACCCUGGAAUACGGAGCUGCCAAGAGCGAGGUGAUACACAACUACGGACACGGAGGCUUCGGGCUUACCAUCCACUGGGGGUGUGCGCAGGAGGCAGCCAACCUCUUUGGGAAGGUGGUGGAGGAGAAGAGACAGAAAGCAACGUCAAGGCUGUAACCCUGUCUGAUCUGAUCCCUCGAGCUCCAGCAACUGCGCUGCGCCUAUUCCAUUGACUUGAAGGCGGCAGACAUCUAAAUCAUGAAAGACAGGCCUCUCUUUGGCAUUUUAUAAUUAUUUUUUUACAUGAUUUUAAUAUGUAAUAGCACUGUAAAGCAACAAUGAGUAAGGUUAACCAGUGACCAUGUCAUUUUGUUACACAAUAACUAACUUGCUUCAGGAGUCUCUAAUGAUUAGCUCACCAGAUUCAAUAUCCAGCCCUUCAAGCACAUGCAAUGUAGGAUGCAUGUCUGUCUCUCCAGAGGCUCUCCAGAGUCUCCACGAAGGAGCUGCUUACCUGCUAAAUAUAUCAAGUGUCAUUUUAAAUUGUAUGUGUGAUCUAGACUUUGUCUAUAACAACAUCUUUAAUUCAUUUCUCUUUCUUUUUGUGUUUUUUCACUUCAAAGUGUGCCUACUCAAGUCAGAAAUGAAUACUGCUUUCACAAAGCUCAUCAUAGUUUGCUUCUCACAGUGUGCAGAGCAUUCUUGAAACUGAAGCACUCAAACCAUCUGCUCAUAACAGGCAAUCUGUCAGUGAGGCCAAAAACGAGUGGGUGUGUUGUCAAACGUGAACUGUAAAAAUGGGAGAAUGAAGAAAGGUAUUCCCAGGUUACAUUUCUUGGUGGAGAAAAUGAGCUCCCUGUUUUAAGAUUGAGAAAGCCAGGUAGUUUGACAGAACUUCAUUCGGUUCAGUUGAAUGUUGCAGUUGUUUCAAGAAAUGAGUGUAAUAUGAUGGACUGGUUGAUACUGUAGAAUAGAAAAUAAAAACCACUUUAGAUCUGUGA